ACUUGCAGAAAAUACACUCAGUUCAAUUUUGAUCUAGCAGAAGCAAGGUGAUUGUUCUCUGAGAAACUGUUAAAGGAGUUUGAUUGAAAACAAUGACCCAAGUUUUGGAUCCAAUGCUGGAUACACAAUCUCGAUUCGGAGGAAACUCACUUAUCAAAUACGAGGAUAAUAUGGAUUUACAAAACACUUGGCAAGAUGUAGAGUCUCUGCUGUACCAGGACAACACUCCAUAUGAGAGCAGCAUGGUGCAGAUGAUGACUGAAGCUAUGAAGCCAGCAUCCCUGAACACCAACCUCCCGUCCCCAGGGAUGACUGCCAUUGCGUCCGUCUCUUCUCCCGGGAGCCCGGGGUACGGAAGUAUCAAGUCCGCGGCCAGCCCGGUCAGUCAGCUCUCCCCUCAGUCCCAGGAUACACAAUAUGAUGAGUUGCUGGAUCUGGAUUUCAUCCUGAAUAACACUGCGGCAGAAAACAAUCUUUACCCUGAAGAUGCUGGGCUGAAGAUUAAGCAGGAACCUGGUACCACCUGCGAGCCUUUGCCAGACUUUCAUUCCGCAUUCCUUGACAUCCCAGACAUCAAGUUUGAUGCCAACGUGCACGUUAUUCAGACCAACCAGGCUGAGCCGGUAGCUCAUCAAGUUAACGUUGAGGUUAACAAACGCCAAGAAUUCAAGCCUGUUAUUCCCAAACAGGAAUUCCCUCUCGUGCCCAGCUCCUGUGCCACAUAUACAGCCAGCAUGACCGUUAUAUCCGCUCCACAACACCAGAUGGCCUUCCCUGGACAGAUCUCUCCCCCAGCUUCCCCAGAACAUCGUGAAGAUCAUCACAUGAAGAGCUACCCCAUGAAUCUCUACCACAACAUGGCUCACCCCCACGCCCUGAUGCUCCACCCUCAGCACAUCAUGCCCAAGCUACAAGGGCACAUGUCUCAGGUCCAUCAGAUGAUCACUCCACCAUCAUCUCCACAGCUGGUAGAUCUUCUUCUUCCUCAGCAGCCAGUAGACUCAUCAGCUCAACCCAAGAAACGAGGCAGACGUACCUGGGGAAGGAAGCGACAGACCAGUCACACGUGUACCCACCCUGGAUGCUUGAAGACUUACACCAAGAGCUCACACCUGAAGGCUCACCUCCGGACCCACACGGGGGAGAAGCCUUACCACUGCACCUGGAAGGGGUGUGGGUGGAAAUUCGCCCGUUCGGACGAGCUGACCCGUCACUACCGUAAACACACCGGUGAUCGCCCAUUCCAGUGUCAUCUCUGUGAACGUGCCUUCUCCAGAAGCGACCAUCUCUCCCUCCAUAUGAAGCGCCACAUAUGAACAAUCUGAUACGCAGUGUUGGAUUCAGAUUCGCAACAGUCUGAACAGCGCAAGGUUGCAACGGCGAGAGCUCGCAGCAGCUCUCGGGGUCCGGUUGAUUUUCUAUGCAGCGUCGAGCACCGUGUGCCGGAAUCGCCCGAAAAGUGACAUUUAUUGGGACACUGCUACUCGAUAUUUUGAACUUUAGGUGACCAUUCCCACUGGGGAAAUUCACUGUCACAUGGGACGCUUUGCAUGUAUUCUGUGCAGCCGUUCAGGCAGAUUUGAACAGCUAUUGUUAGGGUGUACUUGUACAUCUUGUUAGGAUGUAUCUGUGACAGGAUUUUCUGUCAUUUAUGCAAUAUUUUGUUUCGGCUGGUGUCCGAUUGUGUGCGGCAGGUCCGUAUCAGUCUGGUGCCAAAUUUGCAUGUUGGAACUUCUCCUUCCCGGACCCCUCAAUGAUUGGGCUGGCCCAGUUCAUUGAGGGGCACGUUGAGGGGUGAGAAAAAGGAAUGCUCCCUUACGCCAUUCUUCCAUUGUAUGUGUUGUUAUAUGCAUUUAUAUAUAUGUAUACGUAAAACUCGUUUUGGCCAGUUAUCAAAUUGUGUCUCAAACUACGUUUGAAUUUUCAUUUCGGCCAAAAACCCUUUUGGUACUGCCUGGUAGCAGAAUUGUUACAGAAACGAGGUAUCUGGCCUGGAGCUGGGUACCGAGAUAUGGUUCUAGUUCAUAUAGAUUAUACACUCGUUAGCUCAUCCUUAUGACCUUGUAUAGUGCCUCGUGCUACUAUAGUGUCCAUCAGAACGUUCAUGUACAAUCAUAUCAGGACAAGUGCAAUUUAAAUACAAGCUUCGACUAAAUUCACAAAGUGAAUAGUUCCUUUAAACCUCGACCUUUUCUUCAGUUCCCGCUAUUCCACACGAUAUUAGCAGCUUUAUACUAGAUAGAAUAUAUGCAAGACUUAAUUUCCUCUAUUGUUUUGACGACCAGAAGUAGAAGGCUCAAGAUGAAUAUGGUGCUCUGGACUUAUCUUUGCUCUGGAUCUUAUUCGAAAACAAAUUCCAAUGUCCUGACGAAAAUUCUCCAAUUAUACAAUGAACAAAAUGUAUAUAACCGUCAAUGGUUUAUGCAUAGACCCUUGUUAUCGGUGCUUGAAAUUGUUUCAGAUAUAUAUAUGAUAUAUAUAUAAAGUUUGUAUUUUUGUAAAAACAGCGAUUAACACUAGUCAUGUCAGAACGUUCGUGCCAUAUUGUAUAUUGGUAUGUGCCAUCCAUGUGCACAUGUCUGUCAAAGAUAUUACAUAAACACGAAAUAAAUGAUGUUAUUUAUUAUA